AUGGAGGCUGUGAACGGCGUGUCCGAGGGGGAGAGGGGGGCACCUCCUCCCCCCAGCCCCCUCACGGGGUGCUACCUGCUCAUCGUCGUCGGGGAACCACAUUCGGCCGAGCACAAGGACAUCAUCCUGCAAAGAGUCGCUAAAGAAGAUCUGAAAUGUCUAAAGAUCAAUACUCCCAAAGCAAAAAUUAUCGAUUUUGGCGACCAGAUUCAAAAGUUAGAAUAG